CACACAUGUGACAGGGGUUAUAUGGUGCUUUAGAAAUUAUUGCUAUUGACAUUAGUAUAAAUUUAUUUAUUUAACUUAGUAUUUGUUACCUGUACCAUUAACAAUUGUUAGUUUAUAUUUUGAUAAUCUGUUAAUCCGGGGUUUCGCAAGGGCCGGAGAGACAAACAAACUCGGCCAAUCACAGCGUGGCACUCACGCGUGCGUGUACUGGAUUGUACUUUUGGUUUGGUAACAAAGCAACACAGGAUUGCUAAAAGGGUUGUUCAAUGUUAUUUAUAUUUUUUAGGAAAGGUAAUACUAGUCUUUGGUAGUGUAGAAUCGCGCUCCUUUUAUUGAUUCAGUCAAAAGAUGGCAUCACAAACAGAGAAGUGUGAUAGUUCCGGGACCGGACUGAGUCCCACCGACCCUUGCUCCUACUCCAGACCUGAGGAGUGUAUUGUCACACAGAUAGACCUGGAUCUGGAUAUAGACUUUGCAACCAAAACCCUGAGGGGCCAGGCUCAUCUUACUCUGCAGAAGAAGAAAGAGGGUAUAGACCAUGUGGUAGUGGAUACUCGCGAGGUGACCAUUAAGAAAGUUACUGACCAAGCCAACGGACAAGAACUGACCUUCACCUUAGGAGAACAUGACCCGAGUUUUGGUUCCAAAUUGGAAAUAAAAUUACCCAAUAGUGCUGGGAACAGUUGUGUGGUGUCAAUAGAAUAUGAGACCUCACCACAGUGCUCAGCUUUACAGUGGCUUCGCAAGGAGCAGACGGCAGGAAAACGCCAGCCAUACCUCUUCAGUCAAUGCCAGGCUAUCCACUGUCGCAGUAUGAUUCCAUGCCAAGAUACUCCGGCAGUCAAAUGCCCAUACUCUGCAAAAGUAUCUGCUCCAAGGGAGGUAACUGUGUUGAUGAGCGCACUGCGAGGCGGAUCCAAUCCACAUGCCAGUGACAGUGCUAAGCUGGUACACAUCUUUGAACAAAAGGUGCCUAUAGCCAGCUACCUCAUUGCAAUUGUCGCUGGAGACAUUGAAAGCAGACAUCUUGGUCCCAGAUCCAAAGUGUGGUCUGAAAGGGAAAUGGUGGAGGAGGCAGAAUAUGAGUUUGGAGAGACGGAGCACAUGCUGCAGACAGCCGAGGAUUUGAUGGGACCAUACGUUUGGGGCCAGUAUGAUCUACUCGUUUUACCUCCUUCCUUUCCAUAUGGAGGAAUGGAAAACCCCUGUCUGACCUUUGUGACCCCUACUCUACUGGCUGGUGACAGGUCCCUUGCUAAUGUUAUUGCUCAUGAAAUAGCUCACAGUUGGACAGGCAACCUGGUGACCAAUUCGACCUUUGAACACUUCUGGUUGAACGAAGGUCAUACUGUGUUUGUGGAGAGGAAGAUAGCUGGGUGUCUCCAUGGGGGUGAACCAAUGAGACACUUCCUGGGAAUCGGUGGCUGGAAAACCCUCCAAUACGGGGUUGUGGACGUCCUAAAAAAUGGCCCCUACACCAAGCUCGUCCCUGACCUGCGUGGGGUGGACCCUGACGAUGCCUUUUCUGUGGUGCCCUACGAGAAAGGUUUUGCCCUCCUGUUUUACCUGGAAACACUUGUAGGAGGACCAGCCGUAUUUGAACCCUUUCUACGAGCCUACAUUGAGCAGUUUCAGGGAGAUUCCAUAGUUACUGACCAGUGGAAAGAGUUUCUGUUCUCCUUCUUCAAGGACAAGGUUGAUGUGUUCAAAGACGUUGAAUGGGAUAAGUGGUUCUUUGGACAGGGGAUGCCGCCAAUAAAACCAAAAUAUGAUGACAGUCUUGCCGUGCCGUGUGCGGAUCUGAGCCAGCGAUGGGUGAAAGCUGUGAAGGAAGAGUUCUCAUUGUUCAAAGCUGAGGAUCUGGCGUCUCUGUCUACUGCACAGAAAAGGGAGUUCUUCUCACUUUUGUUGAUAGAGGCGCCAUUUUCUCCUGAGAAGAUUCAAGCAAUGGAAGCAAGUUACAGUCUCAACUCUGUUAAGAAUUCAGAAAUCAGAUUCAGCUGGUUGAGACUAUGCAUUCGUGCCAAGUAUGAAGAUUGUAUUCCACGUGCUAUUGCCUUUGUAAAUGAGCAAGGCAGGAUGAAGUUUGUCCGACCAAUAUACCGAGACUUGUAUGACUGGGACAAGUCAAAACAGGCGGCUAUUGACAACUUCCUGUCCCACAGAACAGAGAUGCACAACACUACAGCUAAACUUGUGGCCAAGGAACUUGGCCUAGGACCUUAAACUGCACCCUCUUUUGAUGGAUUUUGGUCUUCCUACUUCAUCGACAAAUGGAAGAUCAAGUUCCUUUGUUGGAUGCUAAAAAUAAAACAUUUGUACUAGAUCUUUACUGUUUUGCAAAUAUUAAAUGAUACAUGCUUUGAUGCUUCAUGGAUUCUUAUUGGUUGUGUCUAAACAGCCAACAAUGGAUGUGUCAAGCACUCUGAUUGGUUGUAGCAAAAUUGUAGUCAGUUGUAAAUAGAAUCCCUGUUUUUUUUUCAAAAGGGACAUGCUUGCAUGCUAUACUUUAUGUAUUUAUUCGUCAAACAGAACUACAUGUGGAUCACUAAUUACUGAAAUUUUGAAUUAUCAUUUAGCUGCCAAGAGUACACAACUGCCAGGGUGAAUGUUAAUGUACCCAGUUGCAGAUACAUCAAGGAUUCAUAACAGUGAUAACUAAUGAUAUAUGUGUAGAUUUUGUAAAAGAAUGAAUUUCAGUUUUAAUAUCUUUACUUAAUUUUUGAUUUUGAUAGCCAGAAUUAUUACAUCAGAGCUUUUUAGUAAUUAACUACAUGGUGAGAAAGUAAAUAACUAGAUGGUGAGAAAGUAAAUAACUAGACGGUGAGAAAGUAAAUAACUAGAUGGUGAGAAAGUAAUUAACUAGAUGGUGAGAAAAAUAUGUGCUUGUAUGCACUAAACUGACUUACAGUCAUAUAGAAAAUCAUAUGUAAUCUUAUAUUGUCCAUUCCAAAUAGUUUGAGUGGAUUUUUUUUGGUUUUUGGUUUUUGCAAAAUACCAAAUAAUUUUUAUGAAAAUUUUACAAUGCAAUCAUUUUAUAUAAUCUGUGUAACUCUUCUUUUUGCAUUUGAGUCAAAAUAUUAGAAAAACAUAAUAUUUUUGUUGAAUUUCUCUUUGAUUCUGAUAUAUCUGAUGACAAUUAUAAACAUUAUACAUGUAUUGCCCUUACUGCAGGGAAACACUUUGUUCCCCGAGGUUAAUCAUGUUUCACUCGAGCUUCGCCCCUUGUACAACAUGAUUUAUAUCCUCAGGAAAACAAAGAAUCAGGUUUCCUUCCUUACAGUAAGGGCAAUGGACAUUUCAUAACACCGAAAAAUUUCAAUCAAUAAAAAACAAUAACACAAUGGAAGAGAUGGUCAGGUUGUUGUCGUCUGCUACCGUCAUUCGGAACUAGGUUGUGGUGGCUCUUGCAGAUGUUUCUAGAGAGGCUCCGAAUAAGGGAAAUAUGAAUGGGAAAACUUGAGGGUGACAUGUGUUAUUGCCCCCGCCAUGUAACCAGUAUCAUCCAAUCAGAAACGCUGUUAUAAAGAUGAGGUAUAAUAAUAAGUUAUGUAGGUUUCGCUAUAUCUGGGAAAAGGUGAUUCUCAGUUGGUAAUGUGUAUUGGUAAGUUGUUAGAUUUUUUCAUCACAUAGUUUUCUUGCUUGAGCUGACUAGGUUUUGUUUUUGUUAGAAUGAUAAAAUCUAUUACAUGUACCUCAGGCUAAGAUUCAGUAACAUCCCAACUUCGGCUUACGCCUCGGUUGUGAUUAUGUUACAGAAUCUUAGCCCUCUACUGAGAUAACCCAAUCUUGCUCAGUUACAGGUAAAAAAAAAUAAUCUCGCACCUUUUAGUUUGAGGUGCAAGAUUAGCAUAUCAAGUAUAUAUGCUGGUUUAUAUUGUAAUCAUAAAAAAACAAAAUACAUUGUCGUAAAAUAACACUUCAUAAGUUCAAUUUUAUGGAUGUUUUGUUAACAGUAUUUGUCUCAUGUAAUUUGUAGCUGUGCUUAUUUGUUCAUGGUUAUGUUGCAUGCUUUUAGAUUUAGUUUAUAGUUAUAUCAACUAAGGGCAGAAUUAAAAUGGUAUAGAUAUAUUGAUAGCACAUUUUUUCACUUUUAUUUGUUAUAAUAGAUAUGGCGUUUACUUGCAGCAGUAAAAUAAUUCAUGUUUCAUCAGUGAUAAAUUAAUUUAUUCGCUUUACACUGAACUAUUCUAAACUAGUCCAACUUUUUUUUACUAAUAAAUUUUGUAAGGAAUUAUAAUGAAGAGUUGUUCUAUAUG